AAUACAAAUACAAAUAAGAAACAAAAAGCAAUAAUAAAGAGAACAAUGAGUUUCACCGACAAACAAGAGGCUUUGGUGAAUAGCUCAUGGGAAUCUUUCAAACAAAAUCUUCCUCAAUAUAGUGUUUUGUUUUAUACUAUUAUAUUGGAGAAAGCACCUGCCGCAAAAGGUAUGUUUUCUUUUUUAAAAGACUCAGCUGGAGUACAAUAUAGUCCAACAUUACAAGCCCAUGCUGAAAAAGUUUUUGGACUGGUGCGUGACUCAGCUGUUCAACUUCGAACAAAAGGAGUGGUAGUCUUAGGAGAUGCUACAUUAGGCGCUAUUCACAUUCAAAAGGGAGUUGCUGGUCCACAUUUUGUGGUGGUUAAAGAGGCAUUGCUGAAAACAAUAAAAGAAGUGGUAGGAGAUAAAUGGAGCGAUGAACUCAGCAUUGCUUGGGAAGUAGCUUAUGAUGAAUUAGCAACAACAAUUAAAAAAGCAAUGAGUUGAAAUUAUAAUAUAUUUUAUAAAUAAGUUUUAAAAUAAAAUGUAUACUACAAGAACUUGUUUAACAAGUUUUUAUAAUAAAUGUUAUUCGAAAUAAUUUAUUAA